UAACUGAAUAUAAAACAGAAUGUUUGCAGUAUAUUGAUCUCAUUCUGGUGGGAUCCCUCGUGAGAAACAUCUUAUAAAAUUAUUGAAAACUAUUAAAAACAUCACUUCGACAAUGAGUAUCUUCGUUUGUAUCGCAGCAUUGUUUGUUGCUUCAACCAGUGCUUUUUUCGGUGGGAAGUCAUCAGUCUGCAUUAGAGGAGACGGCUACGUACCGAUAGAAGGAGUCUGCGAUGCUUAUACAGAAUGCAACGGACUCGAUGCAGUGGAGAGGCAAUGCCCAGAUGGACUUUAUUUCGACCGCAACAUUCUGUGGCCAGCUGAUCCCUGCGGCUAUCCCACCGACAUACCGUGCGAAGGACGUACCCAACCUGCAAAGCCUACUCCCGAAUGCAAGCAUCAAUACGGCUUCUUCCCCUCUCCAAUGACCAGCAACGACUGCGGACAAUAUCGGAUGUGCGUGGAAGGUCGUGCCACGGACAUGUUCUGCCCCACAGGGUUGGCUUUUAACCCUACCAGCAGCCGCUGUGAAUGGCCCGAAAAUGUGCCAUCUUGUAACCUUGAAAAUUUCCUCGGCUACAAAUGCCCACCUGCUGAACUAGACAGAACUGGCAACCCCAUUGUGACAAACCACAAAUACGAGAAAAGUUGCUACGAGUUUUACUCGUGUGUGAAUGGCAAUGCUCGCCUCCUCUCCUGCGAUGUUGGGUACGCAUUUGAUGCUCAUCUCUCCCGCUGCGUGCGUGAAGACCUUGUGGCAUGCGAUCAUGAAAAAAUAAACAGAUACUAGGAAUACAUUUAUAAGUUUUGUUAUUUAAAUUAAUGAUUUUCUGUAAUUUUAUUAAUAAACUUUAAUCAUAAAGCA